AUGACUAUUCUAUCGUACAGAUUCCAAAAACCUCUAGAUGGUUUUGAAACAGGAGCGACCUGUUCUGGAACCGGCUCCGCAGUUAAGCAACAACGGUUCUCGCUAAGUUUGCACAAUGUAGCUGGCCUAUUCAUAAUCCUUGGAGCAGGACUUCUCUUUGGUUUUGGUACUGUGGUUAUCGAGCUGUUCAUCAGAUGUAAUCAACUAGCGAAAAAGGAAAAUAUCACUUUUUGGGCGGAGCUCGUCAAAGAGCUGAGAUUCGCGCUGAAUCUUAACAGAGUUGAGGAGCAUCAUUCGCGCAAGAAGAGUAACAAAGAAAAUGGUGCAAGUGCAGCAGAUGCCACAGUGCACAGGACACAGUUGGCACAUAAUGGGAACUCGUCCGUGAUGAGAAGGAAGAAUUAA